AUGCAUUUUUUGUCCAGCUGUUUGAUGCGUUAUGUUGUAGAGCGAAUUUGCUCGUUACCGCGCGAUGCGGGAAGCUGCUCGGUACGUGAGGCUGAUCCUGUUACGCGGUACUACUUCGACACAGCAACGGCUACGUGUCGCUCAUUUCAGUAUAGCCAAUGCGGUGGCAACGACAACAAUUUCAGGACUCUCGAGCAGUGCCACGGCUUCUGCCUCGCCCGUAAGCAGCCAGUUAUUCCUAAACUGCGCUUUGAUGAUUUUUUUUUUUACAUCAGUUAUAAUAAGGAAAAAGUUUGA